AUGCCUGGAGUACGUGUUUGCUUUGAUAUAUUUCAUUCAACACAGGUCCUGCUUCUAUUCCUCCUUGUAUCGACAACGGAGCCAAGAAGCCAAAAUGGUCCUCCAAGUCGUACCAGAAAGAACGAUCACACUCCAUCUCUGCAAGCGCCUACCUUUAGGAGAGACUCAGUGGAACAAGUACCAGACGUCAAUGCUUUCUCCAAUUUUAAGGCUUCGAACAUGGGCUUGGAAGAAUUUGGAAGCAAAAGUUUGCCUUUGAGGGCUGCUGUUGAGAGUGUACCAGACAUAAAUGAAAUAUCAAAAAGAUUACCUCUCCGUGACGCAGUAGAAAAACGUCUUCCACCGGGUGAACCAAAAACCGAAAAAGACUCAUAUCUUUUUCGGUUUCAACAGCCAUCUUAUGAAACAUUUCAAAGCCAAAUAAUUGACCAACCCGGUGGGGUUUCUUUGAAGUCAUCAUCACUAAUAUACUCACCGGGCAAUCAAUUUAAGACCAUUAUUAAUAGCUAUGUACCUUACAGAAUUAACAAUGGUUAUCAAACACUUUUAAUAAGCCCUGCUAGUCGGAAACAAAGCUUUGAAUAUGAUGAAAGUCCUGUUUCCCAAGAUGAUGAAAAGAAAAUCAUUUGCUACGUCCAAGCUGCUGCAGCAUACAGAAAAGAACCGUUAACCUUUUUUUCUGAAGAUUUGGACCCGUACUUAUGUACUCACGUUAUUUACGCUUUUGCGUCAUUCAAUCCCGAUACUUACAAUAUCGUCCCAAAUGAUGAAGAAUAUGAUAUCGUACAAGGAGGAUAUAGAUCUGUAAUUGGCCUCAAAGAAUACAAUAGAAACCUUAAAGUUCUUCUUUCCGUUGGAGGUCCUAGAGAUGCUUAUACUGGCAAAUUCUCCCGCAUGAUCUCCAACGCGACUAGAAGGCAUGCUUUCAUUGAAACCAGUUUCAAUUUGAUUAAACAAUAUAGCUUUGAUGGUAUAGAAAUUCAUUGGGAAUGCUCAGUGAGAGAAGAAUCAGGAGGCCAGCCAACUGACAAAGAAAAUUUUCAACUAUUCCUUGAAGAACUUUCUAAAGUAUUCAAGGAGUCCGGGUAUUUGGUAGCUCUGGCGGCACCAGCUUCAAGAUUCCGAAUUGAGGAUGGUUUUUAUCCUGCUAAAUUGGAUCAUAUAGUCGAUUUUGUCAAUGUUCAAGCUUACGACUUUCAUCGGGAUAGAGAUCCGGUAGCUAAUCAUCAUGCUAAUUUAAAUGCUAGACCUGAUGAGGAAGGCAUAAAUAUAUUACUGAAUGCCGAUUAUGCAAUCAAAUUUUGGACUAAAAACGGCCUUUCAAGCAAAAAAAUUAUCUUAGGCAUCCCCUUCUUUGGAAGAUCGUUCACUUUAGAAUUCGCCAAUAAUACAGAAAUAUCCGCGCCUAUCAAAGGCCCUGGUCGACCAGGCUUUUACACUCAAACACCAGGAUUUUUGGCUUACUUUGAAAUCUGCGACAUGGUGGUCAAUGAAGGUUGGUCUAGAAGUGAAGAUCAAGAUGGAUCUCCUUAUAUUGUUAAUGGUGAUCAAUGGAUUGGAUAUGACGACGAAGAAAGCAUUAAAAGAAAGGUUUUGUACAUAAAGAAGCAUGAUCUUGGAGGUGCAUUUGCUUGGGCUGCUGACCUUGACGACUUCAAAGGACUAUGUGGCAAUAAAUAUCCUCUUCUUGAGACAAUUAAUAAAUAUUUGAAAGGUAAAGAACCACCUAUGCUAAUCGCCGACUUGAACAAUCCGGUCAAACCAUUUGGAAUUUGUCAUUCUGAAGGCUACUACAGUGACCCAAGAAACUGCGCCGGUUACUACGCAUGCAAAAAUGGACUUAGUUAUCACCUUUCCUGUGGAAACACUAAAAUGUUUGACUCAUCUACUGGAAAAUGUGUUGAAUUUGACACAAAUAAGUGUAAACCUGGUGAAACUGUCUAUAUUCAUCACCAUUUGAAGCAUCUGAAUCGUGAAUUAUUCAAAGAAGAACUGAAGGAAGAUGGUCCAAAGGUUGUGUGCUACGUGACAAAUUGGGCCUUCUACAGAAAAGCGGAAGGCAAAUUUGUUCCAGAAUAUAUUAACGAACAACUUUGCACCCAUAUAGUGUAUGCUUUUGCAAGCUUGGAUCCUGAAAGUCUUCUUUUAAAAGAAUUUGAUUCUUGGGCGGAUAUUGAUAACGAUCUCUACCAAAGAAUCACUUCCCUUAAUUCCAAAGUGCUGCUUUCUCUUGGAGGAUGGACUGACUCAGCAGGUGAUAAAUAUUCAAGACUUGUAAGUGACGGAUCGGCUCGAAGACGCUUUGUUGUUGGUACUGUUAGUUUCUUGAGGCGUCAUGGAUUUAGCGGACUUCAUUUUGACUGGAACUACCCCAUUUGCUGGCAAAGCAAUUGCAAGAAAGGCCCAGCGUCAGAUAAGCCCAACUUCAGUAAACUACUUCAGGAAUUGCAAAAGGAGUUCGACAAGCAGAGCCCUCCUUUAAUUCUGGCAGCUUCUAUUUCAGGAUAUAAAGAAGUAAUUGAUGUGGCCUAUGACUUACCUUCUUUGAGUAGAGCUUUAGAUUUUAUGUCGGUCAUGACGCACGAUUAUCAUGGCGCUUGGGAAGGGAAAACUGGUCAUGUUAGUCCACUUUACCGUCAUCCUUCAGAUCAAUAUCCACAAUAUAAUACGAACUUUACUAUGGAAUAUUUAGUAUCAAAAGGAGCCCCUCGAGAAAAGCUUUUAGUUGGCAUUCCCUUUUAUGGUCAAAGUUUUAGUCUCAUUAAAUCCGACAGUUAUGCUGAAGGUUCUAUAUCUAGUGGUCCUGGAGAACCUGGAGAAUACACGAAACAACCUGGUAUGCUAGCUUACUAUGAAAUUUGCAAUAGAAUCAAAAACAAGAAUUGGGUUAGCAACAGAGGCAGUUUUGGAUCUGGACCAUAUGCUUAUUUUAAAGACCAGUGGGUUGGAUUUGAGGAUACUGAUUCGAUAAGAGACAAGGGAAAUUACAUAAGAACCAGUGGUUUUGGUGGCGCAGUAGCUUGGACAAUAGAUUUAGACGACUUUACCAACCGGUGCUGCACUGGUAGUUACCCCCUUCUUCAUAGCCUCAAUUAUGCAUUGGGACGUAUCUCAACAGUUCCAAAAAGUGGGGAUUGCUCUAAGCCAGUUACACCAUCUACUCCUGCUCCUCCCGAAACUACUACAGGAGUUGAUUCAGGUUCUGCAACUUCAGAACAGCAUCAUCAUGACUGGACAACAGCAUCAACCACAAAAAAACCUACAACAACGCCUUGGUGGACCGCCUCUUCAACUACUACCAAACCUAGCACAACUGCUUCUGUUGGGUGGACACCAUCUUCGACCACUUCAAAGCCUAGUACCACCGCUUCCGUUUGGUGGACCAGUGCGUCUACCCAACCUUCCACCUGGUGGACUACUGGUAAAACCACUACACCCUGGUGGGAAGCCAGUAAGCCUUCAACAACAUCUACGACAAGACGCCCAGCGACAACUGAAGUACCUUUAGUACCACCACCUGCAGUAGUUAUGCCGGAAUACGAAAAACCUAGUCAGAGAUGUGAACCAGGACAAUAUUUACCUGUUUCAAAUAACUGCAACGCUUUUUACAGAUGCGUGGGUGGCGAACUAAGCAAGCAGUACUGUGCUGGUGGGUUGCACUGGAAUAGGGAAACGAGUAUUUGCGACUGGCCUAGCUCUGCUAAAUGCAAAGAGUUGCCCUACACUGCCUCCACUCUUAUUCCCUCUACACAAACAACCACUCGCUAUAGUAAAACUACCCAGUAUUAUUAUACGACGACUUCCACUACGCCUGCAAGUCACCAGGAUGACUCAGAAGCUGCAUGCGAACCAGGUUCAUACUAUCCUCACGAAAAUUGCAAUAAAUUCUAUGUAUGUGUCAAUGACCGACUUUUGGCUCAAAGUUGCGCUCCAGGUCUUAACUGGAACGUUGAUAAAGCCAUGUGCGAUUACAAAUUUAAGGUUAAAUGUGCUGGCAGAAAGAAAAUAGCUGAAAAGUAUACCGAUAUGCACUAUAUAUCUAUAAUUAAACCUCAACCACAUUCCAAAUGUGGAGAAAAUAUGUUUGCGCCACAUGCGACUGAUUGUACCAUGUAUAUGCAAUGUCUUUGGGGAAAAUAUGAAGUUUUCCAAUGUGCUCCUGGUUUGUAUUGGAACAGUGAAAUGAAUAUUUGUGACUGGCCUAAAGGAGCUCACUGCCAACAAACAGAAAAUGAAAUCGAUGUUGCUAUUCCAGAAGCAACUGAAUCUCCGGAAAGACCUUUAGCUCCAUUACCACCUUAUAAACCAUCUACUUCGAAGCCAACAACAUCCAAACCCCAAUCAACUACCCAAUGGGAAUACAAACCACCUUCGACAAGUGAACCCGGUGAAAAUGCUUGGGAAUGGCAUCCGCCAAUUCCACCUACAUCAGAAAAACCUCCACUGUCUGAAACAUUGAAGCCAAAAGAUGAUUAUUUUAAGAUAGUCUGCUAUUUCACUAACUGGGCUUGGUACAGAAAGGGACAAGGCAAAUAUUUACCGGAAGAUAUUGAUGAAAAUUUGUGUACCCAUGUUGUAUAUGGCUUCGCUGUUUUGGACUUUUCGAAUCUUAUUAUAAAGGCUCAUGAUUCGUGGGCUGACUUCGAUAAUCAAUUCUACAAGAGGGUUGUUGCUUAUAAAUCUAAAGGAGUCAAAGUUUCCAUCGCUAUUGGAGGAUGGAAUGAUUCCCAAGGAGACAAAUAUUCCAGACUUGUUAACAGCCCUGCAGCAAGAAGACGAUUUAUUGAAAACAUUCUUAAAUUUUUGGAUAAAUGGAAAUUUGAUGGGUUGGAUUUGGAUUGGGAGUAUCCUAAAUGCUGGCAGGUGGACUGUAAGAAGGGUCCAGAUUCCGAUAAAGCAGCUUUCGCCGCUUUUGUUAAAGAGCUUAAUGAAGCUUUUAGACCAAAGGGCUAUCUACUAUCAGCAGCUGUGUCUCCUAGUAAAAUAGUCAUUGAUGCUGGCUAUGACGUGCCAAGCAUCGGCAAAUAUCUUGAUUGGGUUGCUGUAAUGACUUACGAUUUCCAUGGGCAAUGGGAUAAGCAAACUGGACAUGUAGCGCCACUAUUUUAUCAUCCUCAAGACGAAGUUGCUUGGUUUAAUUCUAACUUCAGUAUCCACUACUGGAUCUCCGAAGGUGUUCCUAGAAGAAAAAUAAUUAUGGGAAUGCCACUUUAUGGUCAAUCCUUCAAACUAGAAAACGAAAAAAAUAACGGCCUUAACGCUAAAGCACCAGGACCUGGAGAAGCUGGUGAAUUUACUAGAGCUGCAGGAUUUUUGGCUUACUAUGAGAUUUGUGAUAGAGUUCAAAAUAGGGGCUGGACUGUAGUACAAGAUCCCAAGAGACGUAUGGGCCCAUAUGCCUAUAAGGGCAAUGAAUGGGUUUCCUUUGAUGAUCAAGAAAUGAUUAGAAUUAAAUCAGAAUUUAUUAGAAGAAUGGAUCUUGGAGGUGGUAUGAUUUGGGCAUUAGAUUUGGAUGAUUUCAAGAAUAAAUGCGGCAAAGGCAGGCAUCCACUUUUAACAACUAUUAGAAAUGUUUUGGCAGAAGCUGGUUCUGGCCAACCUCAGCCAAUCCUACCCAUUGACGAUGAUGUUCCUACUCCAAGCAAACCUGAGCCAGUAGAAGUACCUGACGAUGAAGAUGAUACUCAUCAAGCUUCUAUGGUGGAACAAUCAGGCGUAAUACCACCUACUUCUCAUACUACGUCUAAUCCCAUAGUAAACCCAAAUAGUGAAUUCAAAGUGGUAUGCUACUUUACUAAUUGGGCAUGGUACCGACAAGGCCGUGGCAAAUAUGUACCAUCAGAUAUUGAUCCGAACUUAUGUACUCAUAUUAUAUAUGGUUUUGCAGUUUUGGAUGGAGAUCGAUUGGUUAUUAAACCGCAUGAUACUUGGGCUGAUUAUGAUAACAAGUUCUAUGAAAAAGUCACUGCUCUAAGACAAAAAGGAAUUAAAGUUCUUAUUGCCAUUGGGGGUUGGAACGAUUCAGCUGGCGACAAAUAUUCCAGACUUGUAAACAAUCCAUCUUCAAGAAGGGCAUUUAUCGAGCAUGUUGUUGAAUUUAUUGAAGCCAACAACUUUGACGGGUUAGAUUUGGAUUGGGAAUAUCCUAAGUGCUGGCAAGUUGAUUGUAAUAAAGGACCAUCUUCGGACAAACCAGCAUUUGCAGACCUCGUCAAAGAACUUUAUGAAGCAUUUCAGCCGAAAGGCUGGUUACUUUCUGCUGCAGUGUCACCAAGUAGAAGAGUCAUUGAUGCUGGUUAUGAUGUUCCAGCAUUAUCGAAAUAUUUAAGUUGGAUUGCAGUGAUGACUUAUGAUUUCCAUGGACAGUGGGACAAGAUUACUGGACAUAAUUUUACCAUCAAUUACUGGAUUGAACAAGGAGCGGACAGAAAGAAACUUGUUAUGGGCAUGCCUAUGUAUGGUCAAUCGUUCUCAUUAGCAGACAACAAUGAAAAUGGACUUAACGCUGCAACUUAUGGAGGGGGUGAGGCUGGGGAAGAUACUAGAGCAAGAGGAUUUUUGGCUUAUUACGAGAUCUGUACUAACAUUAUCAAAAAGAAUUGGAAAAUCGUUCGAGAUAGACAAGGACGAAUUGGCCCAUAUGCUUAUCUUAGGGAUCAAUGGGUAUCAUUUGAUGAUAUCGGCAUGAUCAGACAUAAAUCUGAAUAUAUCAAAGCAAUGGGACUUGGCGGUGGUAUGAUUUGGGCGUUAGAUUUGGACGAUUUCAGAAACGAGUGCGGUUGCGAAGAAUAUCCGCUUUUGAGGACCAUAAACAGAGUACUUAGAGACUACGCUGUACCGGAUCCUAAAUGUAUAUUGGGUAGGGGACAAGGAAAGCCUCCUUUAAAACCAAUAAAACCCACACAAAAGCCUACAGAAAGCUGGGAUAGACCAACGAUGAGCAAUCCAAGCAGUCAUCAACCCACAGAAGCCCACAAGCCAACUGAAUCAUCUCAUAUGUCCCUUUCAUGCAAUGGAAAUGCUUUCAUGUCUGACCCUGAAAAUUGUAAUCAAUAUUAUUUGUGUAAUCAAGGUCAAUACACAAUACAAUCGUGCCCUAGUGGGCUCUUCUGGAAUAAAGAUCACUGCGACUGGCCAGAAAAUACUCGAUGCCACCCUGACGGUACCACAGAGAGUGCUUCAGAGGAAAUUUCAACGGAAGAACCUACCUCUAUAAGUACCAGCAAUUAUCCAAUAAUUUCUUCAAGUACACAACAUAUUCCGUCAGCUUCUACAGAGUAUAAGGUGGUUUGCUACUUCACGAAUUGGGCUUGGUAUAGACAAGGAGAGGGAAAAUACUUGCCUUCCGAUAUCGAUGGCUCAUUGUGUACUCACAUCAACUAUGGAUUCGCUGUAUUAGAUCCCGACACAUUAACCAUAAAACCUUAUGAUACGUGGGCUGAUAUUGAUAAUGGAUUCUAUACAAAAGUCCUGGAAUAUAAGUCUAAAGGAACAAAAGUACUUAUAGCCAUAGGAGGUUGGAACGAUUCUUUGGGAGAUAAAUAUUCCAGGCUAGUGAACAAUGCAGAAGCUAGAGCACGAUUUGUGACUAACGUCAUUCAAUUUAUUGAAAAAUGGGGCUUUGAUGGGCUGGAUUUGGAUUGGGAAUAUCCCAAAUGUUGGCAGGUUGAUUGUGAAAAAGGCCCUGACUCCGACAAAGAAGGCUUUGCAUCCCUAGUGAGAGAAUUAAGUUUGGCAUUUAGACCUAAAGGAUUACUUCUCUCAUCGGCAGUAUCUCCUAGCAAACAAGUUAUUGAUGCUGGAUAUGACGUUCCAACUUUGGAUAAGUACUUUGACUGGAUCGCCAUUAUGACUUAUGACUUCCACGGAAACUGGGACAAACAAACGGGGCAUGUUGCUCCGUUGUAUUAUUAUGAAGGAGAUACUUAUGAUUAUUUUAAUGCUAAUUUCUCUAUAAAUUAUUGGAUUGAAAAAGGAGCUGAUCCCAAGAAAUUAGUCAUGGGAAUGCCUCUCUAUGGUCAAUCGUUCUCUCUGGCUGAUAGUUCCAAGCAUGGAUUAAACGAAAAAUCUUAUGGUCCAGGAGAAGCUGGAGAAUUCACUAGAGCUGGAGGAUUUUUGGCAUUUUAUGAGAUUUGCGAACGAGUAAGAAGCCGAAGUUGGAAUGUGAAACGAGAUCCAUUAGGUAGAAUUGGUCCCUAUGCUCAUAUGGGCAACCAAUGGGUCUCUUACGAUGAUAUUGCUGAUAUUAGACGAAAAUCCCAGCUAGUUAAAUCUCUCGGACUCGGAGGUGGUAUGAUUUGGGCCUUAGAUUUGGACGAUUUUAGAAAUCGAUGCGGAUGCGGCAAAAAUCCCCUCUUAAAAACGUUGAAUAAUGAAUUAAGAGGCACCGAAACUGAUAUAAAUUUAGAAAAUUGUACAUAGAAUAUUGUGAUAUUUUUUUUUUAGAAAAUAAAUACCUAUCUUAAUUAUUAUUGAUGGAAUAAAGAAAGAUGGUCAGUAGUAAUUAGUCAUUAUAUUAAUAUUAAUCGUUGCGAAGGAAAAGCAAUUGUGAAUAGUGCGUGUUUUCGCAUUUUUUUGGGGGCCGAUGGUAGAUGGGUAAAUUUUAGGAUUAUUUUACAAGUCUGAAAAUAUUGUAUCGUCUUUCAAAGAAGCAGCAAGUUUCAUAGGUAUGAUACGCCUAAUAAGUUAAGCUUACGUUCAUUUUUAGAUUUUCAAUAAAUUUUUUGAAAAGCAA